CAUAAAGAGUCCGCUUCGUAUUGACCAAAAGAAUAAACAGUCACCUUCGGACUCUUUACUUCUCCUCCAAGAACUACACCAGCUAAACUCUCGCACGCACCUCGUUCUCCCCUUAUAUAAAACCUUUAACUUCAAAACCCACUCUCUGUUUUUCUCUCUCUAGACUGUAGCGUAAGGUUUUUCUCUCUCUCGAAUCAAUGGGGGAAUUAGAUGCUAGACAUGUUGACUCUUUGCCUACUAGUUCCAGUUCAAGACCUUCAGUGACGAUCGGUUCGUCGCUAAUUCCGGUCAUCAACAAGCUUCAGGACAUUCUUGCACAGGCAGGCAGCGAAUUGGAUGUUUCGCUGCCUCAAGUGGCGGGUGUGGGGAGCCAAAGUAGCGGCAAAUCGAGCGUUCUCGAAGCACUAGUCGGCCGCGACUUUCUUCCUCGCGGCUGCGAUAUCUGCACUCGCAGACCGCUCGUGUUGAUGCUCGAGAAUCGCCUGCCCAAACCCGGCGAUGAUCGGACCGAGUGGGGCGAGUUUCGCCACUUGCCUGAAAAGCGCUUCUACGACUUCUCUGAAAUUCGCGCAGAAAUUCAGGCUGAGACGGAAAGAGAGGCAGGAUUGAACAAAGGGGUUUCGGAGAAACAAAUUCGGCUGAAGAUUACCUCUCCAAAUGUUCUUAAUAUGACUCUUGUUGAUUUGCCCGGCAUCACCAAAGUUCCUGUUGGAGAUCAACCUAAUGAUAUAGAAGCAAGGAUUAGGAAGAUGGUUAUGACCCAUAUUUCGCAACAAAACUGCAUUAUAUUGGCAGUUACUCCUGCGAAUUCUGAUUUGGCAACCUCCGAUGCACUUCAGAUGGCAAGAGAAGCCGACCCAGCUGGUUUUCGUACAAUUGGUGUUAUCACCAAGCUCGAUAUAAUGGACAGGGGCACUGAUGCUCGCAGCUUCUUGCUCGGGAAAGUUAUUCCACUAAAGCUUGGUUAUGUUGGUGUUGUGAAUCGUAGCCAGGAGGACAUCAAUAAAAACCGUGGCAUUGCUACCGCACUUGCUUACGAGGAGAAAUUCUUCAAUGAUCACUCAGUAUACAGGGGUCUCUCUGAUCAUUGCGGCAUCCCCCAGUUAGCAAGGAAGCUGAAUGAGAUUCUGGAGCAGCAUAUCAGAAUGGUUUUCCCCGCUUUGAAGACUGAUUUGAAUUCUAAAAUGGAUACUGUUUUAAAAGAACUGCAGACAUAUGGAAAACCUAUAGAAUCUAAAAUGGAACAGGGAGUGAUUUUGCUGAACAUUUUAACGCAAUAUUGUGAAGCUUUUGCUGCCAUGGUGGAUGGAAAAAGUCAGGAGAUGUCAACUAAAGAAUUGUCAGGAGGAGCCAGGAUCCACUACAUCCUGCAGUCAAUUUUUGUAAAGUGCUUGGAGGAAGUGGACCCCUGUGAUGAUCUAACUGAUGAUGAUAUUCGAAUGGCUAUUCAAAAUGCUUCUGGUGCAAGAAAUGCUUUAUUUGUGCCUGAGGUCCCAUUUGAAUUUUUAGUUAGGAGACAAAUUGCUCGUCUGUUAGACCCAAGCCUUCAGUGUCUUCGAUUUGUUUAUGAUGAACUAAUGAAGAUAAGCCACUCUUGUGAGGUAACUGAGUUGCAAAGGUUUCCAGUAUUGAGAAAGCAUCUGGAUGAAGUCAUGGUAAAUUUUUUGCGCGAUGGUGUAGAACCUGCUGAGAGAAUGAUAGGAAAUCUUAUUGAGAUGGAGGUGGAUUAUAUAAACACUUCACAUCCAAAUUUUUUAGGUGGGAACAAAGCUGCCGAGCUUGCUAUGCAGCUGUUGAAAUCACCACAGGGGAGUCGUCCUCAGCCUAAUAACGAGAAUCAUGUAUCUUCUGGAACUAAGGCUUGGAUUCCAUCUCUAUUCGGAAGUAGGACAUCAGCUGGAGAGUCUAUGGCUUGCAGACCUUUUGGUGAACCAAGUCAUUCGGAGUCAGUGCCCUCUAUAAUCCAUUUGAGAGAGCCACCAUCCAGCUUAAGGCCGGUUCAAAUGACAGAGAAUAAAGCAGUGGAAAUUAUUGUAACCAAAUUACUCUUGCGGUCGUAUUAUGACAUUGUUAGAAAGAACAUUCAAGACCUAGUUCCAAAAGCUAUAAUGCACUUUCUGGUCAAUCUUACAAAACGGAACCUUCAUAGGACCUUUAUUCAAAAACUGUACAGAGAGAACCUGUUUGAAGAACUGCUGCAGGAGCACGAUGCACAUGUUUCACAAAGAAAACGUAACCAAGAAUUAUUCAAGGUUUUGGAGCAAUCUGUUCAGGCACUCGAGAAGGUUGACUUUGAUGUCUCAUCCCAAACUUCAAAUUUGGGCACUGAUGCUUCCAUUGGACUGCCAAGGAUUCCAAGGACUUCAGCCCAUCUACACACGACAGCCGGCAGUGAGAUGGGCCAAGUUUCAUACCGUCCGUUUCCCAUGCCAUCCAUGACUAAGUCCACAGCUUGAAGAUCAUUUCAAUGAGAAAAGCCAGGCAUUUUAUCCAAUAUUUACUGGCCAUUUAGAUGAUUACCAUACUGAUUUCCAGGUUGUACAGUAUUUUUUCUUCUCCCGUAUGCUUUCUGCAUAUGGAAGCUUUAAAGUUGUACGAUUAAAGAUAAAAAAAAAUUAUUUCAAAAUAGCAGACUUAUAUUAGUUAUAUAUAUAUAUGCCUAGGGGAGUUUUGAUGUAUUUCCCAAACUUUCAAUUGUACCGUCUAUCUCUAUUAGGAUCAUUGCAAAGUAAAUAGUUCUUGAGC